GUCUCUUCAACAACAAUCAUCACAAUCUUUCAGCUUCUAGCUCUUCAAUCUUUACAUCUCUCACUCUUUGCCAACUCAACAAGUUUCACCACUUCCCAACUUUUCAAAUCUUUCAAAAUGUUCUCCAAGACCAUCAUCUCUCUUCUCUUCGCCUCCGUCGCUGUCUUCGCGGCCCCUGUUGAGACUUCCAGCAAGGAAGUCGAAGGAAGACAGAUUAACCAGAGCGUCACCCUUUGCAGCGACAAGGGCAUGGCUGAUUGCGACACUGUCAACUUCAACUUUGGAUUCUGCGUCUCUCCCAUCGGAAGACUGAACGACAAGCUCAGCUCUCUCAACGCCAACGGCUACAACUGCAUCUUCUACAAUGACGCUGGAUGCCGCAACGGUGGCGGUCAGAUCGCCACCACUGGCGAGGUCACCGACAUCCGCAGCCACCCCUCGUUCAGCACCAUGAACGACGAUGUCUCUUCCUUCCUGUGCAACAUCUAAGGCUUUUACUGUCUUGCUGCUCAGGCUUUCUUUUUAGCCUGCGCAUCAUGGUGCAUUCUCCAGCACAACUUGUCGCUUGCCAGCAUCGCAGCAAUCUGCUCUCACCUGGAACGAUGGUCGAGAAUGCAUGGGAUGGACUAUUAUUUCUAGG